GUUCAUAUGUGCAUAAUUACGUUGAAUAUUUUGGUUAUGCAACUACAAAGAAUUUUAUAAAUUAUGGGAUACGUAAAACACCGACACUGCUCGACUUCCGAUUUUGUAAAUGAAUGGAAAGGAAUAAGAUAAACGUCAACUAAAUUUUGACAGCAGUAGUGGUAUAAAUUAUAUUAAAGCCACCUGGUGAUAUUACAAAAUACAAUGUCAUCGCAUUCAGAUACUAGCACGCAGAUAUACAAAUAUCACAGCAUCCGCCAAAUGUACGCCGGCGAUAAGCUACCGGAUCUUCAGCUUACGUUGCGCGAGUAUAGCAAAGAUUCUGUUGAAAUAGAGGUCACAAAUUUGCGUUAUGGAAUUCAGAGAUGGCAAAAAAUGAAACAUAUAUGUACGAUUAUAACAAUAUACAUAAUGUAUAGCAUUUUGACAUCAAAGAGCUGGCUAUUUAAAGGACACAUAUUGUGUGACCUUAGUUUAUUUUUCUGGUUUCUUUACCGCAUCGUUAAAUUAUUCUCAUUAAUACAAAGUGAAAAAGUUCUCUUUUGCUCGGAUCUUGCUCUUCAGUGCCAUACAGUUCGAUUCUUGUCACGUACUUCGAAUUUGUUUAUUCCCGCCAACAACGUUUAUGAUGUAGUAAUAAAUGAAGCUAUUGAGGAUCUGGACGUACAUUACGUACUGAUCAUUCGUACAAAAGGAGAUCUUUACCAAAAAAGGCCGAUAAUUGCAAUUUUCAAUACUUUGCGUCCAACCUUCGAUUGUUUACAUAUGGUUAAUAAAUGCCUUAAUAAAGCACGUCGUAAAGCGAGCACGCUUUAGAGCAUUGACUACAA